CGCGGCUGUAUAUCCGGAAGCAAAGCUCACAGCUUCGAAAAACUCUGCAGAAGCCACCAUCGCUGUGGAGGAGUUUGAGAGGGAGUAUUUGGACUAUAAUCAACAAAAAACAGUGUUUCCUGACGAAGCAUGUGAUGAUCUUGGAGGAGAAUUCUGUGAUCCUGAGUACCAAACUGGAGUCGGCAAGAAGGCCUCAGCUUAAUUAAUCAUAUAUUUUUCUUAAAAUCUUUUUUUUUUAACUCUAUUAUUAGGAGUCUUAUAUCCAUCAUAUGUUAGUGAGAUAUUUUGUUGCUUUUUUUGUUCAUAUGAUUAUACAUCUUGGUUUGUAAACAUAUAAUUUAAAUUAAGGUUUUGGAUUUAGUUAA